AUCCGACCUAGUGUUUUCCAGGCAGUUAAAGACGUAGUAUGUGUACUGCCUCUAACAGUCUGUCUUAAAACAACAUUCAGACGCUCCUAUGUACAUGAAAACAGCUGCGUCUCUUCCUGCCUCAUCCAACAUGCUUCGUCUGCUGUUCUACGUGACUGCGGUCCUCCAUUUUAGUACAUUUGGCUCCACGCAGGUUUGCCUGGGAGAAUCUGAGUGCGCCCUGUGCACUGUGACCGGCCCCACCGUCAUCACUGUCCAAGGCCAGGCUCACUCUGUCCAAGAUCGCUGUGUGUACACUCUGAUAAAGACCUCAUCAAUCCCAGAUGUCAAGGUUAAGGCGACAUUCAAGGAACGACGGCGUCAAGAUCACCACUUUUUGGACAGUGUGAUCCUGUCUCUGGAGGGGGAAUCAAGUGGUACAAUCAGCCUAGAACAAGGCGGGAGAGUUAAGGUGGACGACACAGAAGAGACACUCACCUCCACGGAGAAGGAUUUUCACGGUGUGACUCUCUUCAAGACCGAGGCUGGAGUGACGGCAAAGAUAAUCGAAACUACCUACUCCAUGAUCGUCUUCUUUGAUGGCUACACUGCACAGAUAUACAUUAAAGGACCGACUGGACAAGCUCCAGCUGUGGAGGGUUUAUGUGGCAACUCCGAUGGGGAGUUAAGUAACGACAAACUCGAUGAUGACAGUGAGGAUGGCUGCGAGACACCGCACACUGACACCACUGCCAAACCAGACAACUGCGAUGAAAUGACUACACACUGUAACCUCCUGACGCAGGAAUCCUUCACAGCUUGUCAUGACAACGUCGCAACAGGGCCCUACGUAACUGCCUGCACAAACACUUUGUGCCAUUAUCCUGCUGGGGACGGACUCAAGUGUCAGUUCCUGGAGGCCUACGCCAGAGCCUGCAGCCUGUACACCGAUGACAACAUUGAAAGCUGGAGGUCAAACGCCGCCUGCUCUCAAGGACCUCAGGCCUACUGUCAGGACCAGUACUGCAGUCCUGAUGAAUUCUGCGGCGAUAAGAGCAGUGGUGAUGGAACCCGGUGCCACUGUCGGGCCAUAUUUGCCUCCCCAUACAGAACUGAAGACACUUUGGGUGACCCAGCGGUCUGUGAUGGGAGCUCUCAGUCAAUUACUCUGGUUGGUUGUCUCCUGGAGGACAAAGACAUCAGCUACACUGACUUACACCUCUACGACAAAACCUGCAGAGCUGAAAAGGACGACACGACCCACCUGGUGACUAUAAGCUUCGACUCUAGCACCAACCCCUGUGGGACGAUGAUCAAGAUGAACAGUGACGACGAAGUUAUCAACAAGAACGCCGUCAAGCUGGAGACCACUAACAAGGAAUUGGUUGACUUCACCUGCCCCUUUGUUAUUCCAGAUAUUAACAUCGAUUUCUCAGUCAACAUCAAAGUCAAAAGUGGUACCAGCGGCAGCCCUUCAGUGGCGUAUGUUACAACUGGAAUUUGGGACUACGUUCUGACCAUGAAGGCCUACACCGAUGCCCAACGCACACAGGAAGUGACUGGGGACACCAAGCUCAAACUGAGCCAGAGGGUCUGGUUCGCGCUGGUGGCAAACGGCCUGAAUGAUAAAGUUGCUUUGGUGAUACAGUCCUGCUUUGCAACCCACGAAGAUUCAGCUGAUGCAGAUCAGAAAUAUUACCUCAUCUCGGAUCGCUGUCCGAAUACUGAUGACAAAACUGUGGAAGUGGAGAGUAACGGACAGGGAACAUCCGACUUCUUCUCCUUCAAAAUGUUCCAGUUUUUUGGGGAAACCAGAGAUGUCUACCUGCACUGCAGAACAAACCUGUGUAUCAAAAGCAAGGAGGUCUGCGUCUCGAACUGUGACCAGACCAAUAGGAGACGCAGAUCUGCCAAGUCUAAACUCAAAAAUCAUUCCUCAACCAUCGUCACCAUGGCCUGGGGUUCUUAGGUUGUUUCCACGGUAACUUGGAAUGGGCAACAAAGUGUGGACCUCCAGAAUGAUUCCUGAUGAAGAAUCUGGACGCCUGAAUUUCUCUGAUUUCAUGGACAACAACUCCUGAAAAGAUUAGCUCAGUU